CUUAUAACAAACGCACCAUGAAAAAAAGAAAAGUUCCCUCCUCCUUCUUUCACCGUAUCUUUCUCUUCCACCAAUGCAUCGCGAAUUCGCUCCUGUUGCGUUUCUCGCUGCUCUGUCCCUCGUUCUCCCUUUGCCAUGGCACUGGCGCGUAGGUAACGUCGCCACGCUAUCUAUUAUAUGUUGGUUGUUCGUUAUGAACAUGGUUUAUGGCGUGGACGCGCUGGUGUGGGCCAAUAAUGUUGAAGUCGUCGUGCCGGUGUGGUGUGAUAUCACCACGAAAUUGAUCAUUGGUGCAAAUGUUGCGCUACCGGCUGCCUGUUUGUGUAUAUGUAUCCAUCUCGAGCAGGUCGCGUCUGUGAGGAAUGCGCAGACGACGAUUGCCGAUAAAAAGAGGAGGAGGAUUUUCGAGUUGGGGAUGUGCUGGGGCUUGCCUGUUAUUUUUAUGGUGCUGCAUUAUGUUGUGCAAGGACAUAGGUUCGAUAUCAUUGAAGAAUACGGCUGUCGUCCUACCACCUAUUUCUCGAUCCCUGCGAUAUUCAUCGUGUGGAUACCUCCCAUUCUCCUAUCCAUUGCGUGCUUGGUCUUUGCUGGCCUUGCCCUCCGACACUUCAUGAUUCGACGCAUGACAUUCGCUGCCCAUCUAAAUUCCUCCCAAUCGGCACUCACAAUUUCGCGAUACUUCCGACUUAUGCUGAUGUCCAUCAUGCAAAUGGUCUGGUCGUUGGCUGUUACUUGCUAUACGCUCUGGUUCACCACAAUUGGCAUUCCUAUACGUACCUGGGAUAACUGGAAGCAUGUCCAUUCUGACUUUCUGCGUGUGGAUCAGUACCCCGCGAUCCUUCUCCCUCCACUUGUUGCAAGAGCGUAUUACUUCUUGUGGUGGUUGGUUCCUGCGUCGACAAUCAUAUUCGUCGCUUUCUUUGCGUUUGGACGCGAGGCGGUUGAGGACUACAAGAAGUGGUUCUGGUGGUUCCGCAGGAAUGUCCUUAGGCAGACUCCUAAGACCGACGCUAAGAAAAAUCCGUUCGGGUCGUGGGCCGGGUCCUCAGACAAAAACGGUGCGAUAUCCCUUCCUAGCAUCGCACCAUCAUCCCCAAGGUCGAAUCUCACCAAUACAUCCACUACAAGCAUCCAAACUCCCACCCCGCCAUCUCCGUAUAAGUACCGGAGUAGUCUGGAUGAUUUGGACUAUGAUGCAGAGUCUGAUGAUACGACAUGUUACGGGACGGAUCCUCAGAAGUCGCUACCGCCUACCCCGUCGACGGCGACGGCUUUUGAGAGUCCGAGCUCGAUCGUGGUGGAAUUGCCCUUGCCUCCUAUGCCCAUACCCCUGCCGCCGCCUCCACGCCAUCCUCGUCGACAGGGCUCUGCGAGACCCUUCACAUAUCCUUCGUCUGAUGCGUCUCACCAGGACAUUAAUACGAAUACUGUUGAUCGUUCCUCAUGAGCACUGCAUUACACUCUUUUAUUCCUUCUUUUUUUCGAAUUUUGUACAUGAUUUUUUUCGGCAUUUCGUCUGUUGUAUCUUUAGAUAUAAAAGAAUUAAGAAGACGUUCCUUUUUUUUUUGCUACGCACAAUAAUUAAUCAUAGGGCGAGGCAUACUUUUUCGCGAACUUGAGGUGUCUUAUCUUAUCUUUACUUUCUGUCGGACACAUCACCAGACUGCAGAAACUGCAAGGUGUGAGAGCGAGCAGUAAGGAACACCGAGGAUCCCAGAGCCCAGAACAAUUGAUCAGGCAUUGUUCGACAUGACAGGACAGAAG